AUCCACCCCAUCCUCCCUCCUUGAGGCAUAUAGAUAGCCUCUCCAUCUUGCUGCAGUGCCCUUCCUACGCCCUCCUAUACAAAGAAACAGCAGGAGAGCUACAAGGAGCUAAGUAUGGCAACUCAGCUAGAAAUUUUCGUGAGGGCGCUUUCUCGCCUACUCGGCUGGAUAUACACGUUCUGUUGGUCUGCGUCCUUCUAUCCCCAGCCGAUCAACAACUUCCGGCGACGGUCGACAACGGGGCUGGCAAUCGACUUUCCUACCAUCAACGUGCUGGGCUUCGUGUGCUAUACCAUAUAUACUUCCGCUUUCCUUUACUCUCCCGUGAUCCGUCAUCAGUAUGCUGCUCGUCACCCACUUGCUGAGGACCCGACCGUGCGCUUCAACGACUUUGCCUUCGCCCUACAUGCUGUCGUCCUUAGCUUCAUCACCUAUACACAGUUCUGGCCAUUCAUCUGGGGGUUCAAGGUCUCUCGCCAUCAGAAAGUUAGCAAGCCGGUAGCAGGCCUUUUCUGGGGCUCUAUAGUCGGCGUCACGAUCGUGAUCUUCAUCGUUCUCGGUCAGAGCCCAAAUAACGGCUAUGACCCAUACUCCUGGGCGUGGAUCGAUGUUAUAUAUGCCCUUUCUUACGUGAAACUGGUCAUCACCAUCGUGAAGUACGUACCUCAAGCGUGGGUUAACUAUAAGCGUAAAUCCACAUACGGCUGGAGUAUCGGACAGAUCUUAUUUGAUUUGUCUGGGGGUGUCUUAUCCCUUGCCCAGUUGCUGCUGGAUUCUAGCUUCCAAGAUGACUGGAGUGGAGUCACAGGAAAUCCCAUCAAGUUUCUUUUGUCGAACGUUACGAUCUUUUUCGAUCUGAUCUUUGUGGUACAGCACUAUAUCCUCUACAGAGAUGCAGAGGACGAUAGCGGUAAGGACCGGAACCCGAGUGAUCGGACUCCUUUGUUGUCCGUGUCCGACGGACAGCCCGGGCGCAGUUAGUGUUUAGACUUCCGUCUCUCGUGGUGGUUAAAUGUCAGAAAUUUGGAACGCUUCGGCGGCCCCGACCCGUCGGCGGUCCCGGUUUCUUGGAUGGAUUGAAUAUAAGCACGUUGUUUUUGUUCGGAGGGUCUUGUGUCAUGUGAAGAGCAUCGAGCUGGUUGACAUAAAUUUUCGCUUUUACGAUAUUCGGUCGGAUGAUGACUGAGGCUGAGAUUCUGUGACAUGUAUGACCUCAUAGACCUCUCCGCCAACACAGCCGAACGGAGCAACCGUCUGGGAAAAUGGCUGUAGCUCGUAUACAGUGUCUACGGCCUGGAUGACCAUGCGAAGCUCAAAAUAGUCAUGUGUGUUGGUUGGGGAGGAAUGAUAGAACGGCUUAUCAAUUGCGACAAUGUAUUUUUGGAACAA